AUGUCAGCACGCGCGACACUACAAGUUGCAGCAGGACCUACUACACCAGUAAGCGAUGCACUUGGUGCUGGAAGCAGCUUUACACAUGCCGGUUACAGCCACAGUCUAUGGCCUGUUGGGCUGACUCCAUCGUCUAACGAACAACAAGCCACUUGCUCAGACUUCUUGCCCAUGGUACCAUCUGAGUGUCUCCACGUGCGACAGACUUCACAGAGUGAGGGUCGAAGUGCAACAGUAGGGCCUUCCUCUUUUACCACAAUGUUCCGAGACAUGUCGCCAUACAUAAACGUUCACCGUGGCACCACUAUGGUCAUCCAUCUACCAGGACAGCUUGUCGAAUCUAAUCUUUUUGGCGCCGUCAUGCAUGAUAUCGCUUUGCUAAAUACAUUUGGGGUGAAAAUCGUUUUAGUUGCGGGUUCAAGGCCGCAAUUGAAUCGACAAUUAUCCUUACGAAAGCUGUCACAACGAUUUGAUUGUGGAAUGCGCAUAACUGGACCCAUGGAGCUUCAAUGUGCAAUGGACGCAGCUGGAUCGGUACGUUUCCAAAUAGAAAGUUAUCUUGGUCGAGGAAUUGUCAACUCGCCUGGACGUGCUAGAACGAUCAAUAUUUCAUCUGGCAAUUUUAUCACUGCACAACCUGUGGGUGUUCGAGGAGGCGUUGAUUUUAAAAAUACAGGCGAAAUGCGACGGCUCAAUGUUGAUAAAGUGCGGACUGCGUUGGAUGAUGGCGAUAUUGUUCUUAUCUCGAGCAUUGGAUAUAGUGCUAGUGGUGAGGUUUUCAAUUGCCUAUCGGAACAAGUGGCGAGCAAGUGCGCGAUUCAGCUAGAAAGUGCCAAACUUAUUUUUAUGCACAAUGGAGAAGAACUUAUUGAUUCGCGAUCGAACUCGGUCGUACAGACCCUGGUGAUUGAUCAAGCACAGCAAUAUGUGGAGCUAGCCCAACAGAAUCCUGAAGUUAGCGGAGACUAUUUGCUCUAUUUAAAGGAAUCGAUCAAAGCUUGUAUUAAUGGAGUGAAACGCUCACAUCUUGUCAGCCGACAUGUGGACGGCGGUUUGUUGCAGGAAUUAUUUACACGUGAUGGUGGUGGUCUCAUGAUUACAAAGCAUAUGUACGAAGGAAUUCGCACGGCGACGACGAAUGACAUCGUGAGCAUCAUGCGUCUUAUCCAGCCAUUGCUGGACGACGAUGUACUCGUCUCACGUGAUCAGGAGCAGAUUGAAAGUAAUGUUGAUACUUUUGUCGUAGUAGAGCGUGACGGUGCUAUUAUCGCUUGUUGCACCCUGCAGCCGUAUGAAAACAAAUUUGCCGAGAUGGGCUGCGUAGCCGUUGAUCCAGCGUACCGGAAUCUUGGCAAAGGUAAUGCGAUGCUAGGCUACAUUAUGCGUAAGGCAUCGGCCAUGGGAGUCACGAAGCUGUUUGUGCUGACGACGCGAACAGCACAUUGGUUCUUAGAGCGCGGCUUUGUUGAGGCGACAGUACAUGACUUGCCACCGUCAAAGCUUGCCAAGAUCGAUCUGAAGCAGCUCUGGAUGAAAAAGAACUGUUGCUUCAAAUGGAAUGAGUUUUUGCUAUAUGAAAUGAUCGAUCGAGUUUUGACACUAUGA